AUGGAGCUAGAAUCAUAUCCAUUGUUAGCAAAAAUCAUAUCCAUGUUACCUCAAAAUGGAGACUCUGAACCUUUAUCUAAAACAAGUAACGUAUCAGAAGUAUCUAAUGAUUUUUGCUACCACCCUGAGUCAUUUAAGAAGCUGGUGGAAAUGGACUUGCCUUGUCAUGAAUCUGUGGAAGAAAAACUGCGUUGGUUGCGGUCUCAAAUCAUAGGUGAUGAUGAUGCUGAGUUUGAUUCUUCGUUUGGCAGAAGGAAACUUGUCUAUGCGGAUCAUACUGCUUCUGGCCGCAGCCUUCGUUACAGUGAAAAUUUCAUCAUCAAUCAUCUUCUUCCUUUCUAUGGUAAUACUCAUACUUGCGACAGUUAUGUGGGAAGCCGGACAACAAAAAUGCUACACGAAGCAACGGAGUACAUUAAGAAAUGCUUAGGUGGUGGAGAAGGUGAUGCAAUCAUCUUUUGUGGUUCAGGAACAACUUCAGCAAUCAAGAGGCUACAAGAAGUAAUGGGAAUUGCGGUGUCUUCUAUUUUGAGGGAGAGGAUGUUGAGGUGCCUUGAUGAACAAGAAAGAUGGGUGGUUUUUGUUGGCCCACAUGAGCAUCAUUCAAAUUUACUUUCUUGGAGGCAGAGUUUGGCUGAGGUUGUAGAGGUUGGAUUUGAUGAUAAAGGGUUGCUUGACAUGGAAGCUUUAAAGAUGCAACUUGAAGCUUAUAAAGAUUCAAGUAGGCCUUUGUUGGGAUCUUUCUCUGCUUGCAGUAAUGUUACUGGAAUUUUCUCGGAUACGCGUGCAAUUGCUAGACUUCUUCAUCAAUAUAAUGGAUUUGUAUGUUUUGAUUUUGCAGCAAGUGGUCCUUAUGUGGAAAUUGACAUGAGAUCAGGGGAGGCUGAUGGGUAUGAUGCUGUGUUCAUCAGUCCACAUAAGUUUCUUGGUGGUCCUGACUCUCCCGGAGUGCUUUUGAUGAACAAGGCUUUGUAUAAGUUGAGAUCUGCACCUCCAUCCACUUGUGGAGGUGGAACUGUCACUUAUGUUAAUGGCUUCAAUGAAAAGGACACAUUAUACAUGGAGAACAUAGAAGAGAGGGAAAAUGGGGGCACACCGCCGAUUAUCCAGACAGUGAGAGCAGCAUUGGCAUUUUGGUUGAAAGAAUACAUUGGCUACAAAGAGAUUGAAAAAAGAGAAGAACUAUACAUUAACAAGGCACUUAAGAGACUUGAAUCCAACUCCAACAUUAAGAUUUUGGGUAACUUGCACGUCAAGCGACAAGCUAUACUGUCAUUUCUCAUCUAUUCCACCACCAAUUCUAACUUAUCAACUGAUAGCAGUUGCCAAGAACAAGAAAAGGAACUUAAUCUAUGGCAAGAAAUGGGGAACCAAAGAGGUAAACCACUCCAUGGCCCUUUUGUUGCAGCAAUGCUUAAUGACCUUUUUGGUAUUCAAGCUCGAGGUGGGUGUGCUUGUGCUGGACCUUAUGGACAUGAAUUACUCAACAUCGAUAAAUCUCAAUCACUUGCUAUUCGAUCAGCCGUUCAACAGGGCUAUAUUGGAGUGAAACCUGGUUGGACAAGAGUUAGUUUUCCUUAUUACAUGAGUGAAGAGGAUUUUGAGUACAUUCUAAGUGCUAUAGAGUUUUUAGCUUUAUAUGGCCAAAGGUUCUUUCCUCUAUACACCUUCAAUUUGAGGAAUGGAAGUUGGAGAAUGAAAAUAGAAAGUUUUGAGGCAUUAAACAAGGAAGAGAAUUGUAACAUUUCUAAUCAUUUAUUGGGAAACAAAGUAGAGAAAGUAAACACAAGUGGUGGAGUUAAACAAGAAGGUGUGGUUGUGAGAAGGAGUCAAUCUUAUUUUGAUAUGGCCAAAUAUAUUGCAAAUAGUCUCCCUAAAUUUCCUCCUCAGGGUAUAUUGCAUGAAGACAUUGAUUCUGAUACCCUCUACUUCAGAGUUUGA